AUGGUGAAGGACUCGGUCAGCUUUCUGGUUGGUCUGCUCGCCGAGGAUGCAGAUGCCUUGCAGGAAGCCCUGCUGCACGCUGGUUGGGAGUGUUGGUGGAAAGUCGUCAUGAGGGCCUUGAUAUUUGAUAAGGAUGUUGCUUGUCAGAUUCAUGUCAGACCCACUGCCCAGGAGACUCUGUUGGACGAGAUCAAUGGCCACGCUAUUGCUGGAGACGCCGCAGCCGCCAGAGCACAGUUCCAUGCGCAAGCUCCGAUGCCUGCGCCGCGGGUGCUGUGGAACACUGUGAUGAAGGAGGAUGCGUGGUGGUAUUGGGCCGGCUUUGCCAAGAUCUUCCUUGUCUGCUUUGUGAUGAGGUCCUUGGGGCCUAGGCCUACGCGAAUGCAGGCGACCUGCCUGGUGCCGAACAGUGGCUCAAGGAAUUUGAAGUAUGAGCUGAAGGCUGCCAGAGACUUCAAGGUCAAAGAGUUAGACAUGGAGUCUGCCAGCGUGGUGCCCAACGGCAAAACCUACGGCAAGCUCAUGGAGGCAGGCGACCCAGACUCUGCGGAGAAGUGGUUCGAGCACUCGACCCACACGCUUGGAUAUGGCUCCAACCGCAUGAAGCAUGAACAACCUGUUGAGACCUUGAGCCCUGCCGGCGACCCCCAGCGGGCUGCCCGUUGGCUUGCGGAGGCCCGUCGCGCCGAGCUAGCGCCGAAUCUCAUGUGGCUGGCGCGGAGCAAUGGCACCGACGGGCCGAAGCAGCCACAGAUGAACCGCUGGACAUCAUCGCCUAUACCGCUUGCUUGGAUGCCGCAGCCAGGGUCGGCGAUGCUGAUGCAGCACAGAGGAAGUGAUUAUGGCUUCAGCAAGAGGAACGGCCUUGGGACUUGCGGGGAUAAGGUGCAAGGCUUUAUUAUUGGAAUUGCUACUACCGCUACACUCCCGCUCCUGCUUCUGCUCCCACUACUGCCGCUGCCGCUACUGCUGCUGCUGCUGCUGCUGCUACUGCUGCUACUACUACUACUACUACUACUACUACUACUAGUACUACUGGUACUGUUGUUACUACUGCUACUGCUGCUACUACCACUGCUAACGCCACUACGACGACUUCUCCUUCGGCUACUACUCUACACCCGCGGCCUGCGCAGUUGGCUCCAGAAGCUGCAGGAGGCCAAAUUAUCUCCAAACGAGAUCGCCUUCAAUUCUGUCAUGGACGCCAACCUUCGUGCUGGGGACCUUUCCGGAGCCACCGAUUGGUUCUACAGAAUGGUGGCAUUGCAGCUGACCCCUUCGGUGGUCUCCUACAACCUGCUGAUCUCCGGAAAUGCCGGCGCAGGGAGAACAGAGAAGGCCGCAAAGCUUUUUGCAAAAAUGGUGAGUGCGCGGGUCCCUCCGGACAUAAUCUCGUGUAACGCACUGAUACAUGGAUGUGCCAAAGCGCGCAAGCCAGCGGAAGCUCAGCAGUGGUUCUCCAAGAUGAAAUCCCUGAGUCUCUCCCCGGAUGAAAUCACGUACACGAGCCUCAUCGAGAGCUGCACGAGGUCGGGCGACGUCAGAAGCGCUGACGACUGGCUGAAGACCAUGGUCGAGGCCCAAUUGAGCCCGGAUGAGGUUGCCUACACCUCUGUCCUGACAGGAUUUGCCCGCACUUCCGAUGUUGCAGAGGCACGGCGAGUGCUCUGCGACCUCAGAUCAGCACAACUUGAGCCCGACCUGGUCGCGUAUACCGCCCUGGCCAGUGCAUCCGCGAGGGCUGGCGAUCCAGAGGGUAUUCAGAAGGUCUUCUGUGAUAUCUAUGCUGCCGCCUUGCAACCGAACCUGCUUACGUGGACCGCCGCUAUCGCCGCCUGUGCACGGGCCCGGCCACCCCGCCCACGAGAAGCAGAACGAGCGUUCCAAUCGAUGCUCCGGCAAUCUCUCGAGCCGGAUGAGGUUGCGCUUCGGAGGCUCGAGGAGGCCGUCGGAUCCCAUCGUGUUGCUGUGCUUUGCCGCGGGCUGCGACUUCCAGGUGACGUGGUGAAAAGCACGCGAAGAGCAGCUGCAAAAGUUCGUUGGGACCAUGAGGAGCCGUCUAUUUAG